AUGGCAGACACGAAAGACAUAUCGACGCCGGCGCAGUCGUUGGCUGAUCACGGCGAGCCCAGCAAAGCGGACGGCUUGACAUUCGCCCGACGCGGCGAACAAGUUGACGAAACGACGGCAGCAGGAGAUGUCUCGGGCUUCGACGCAGAGCGUAUGCGAGCUCGGUCACUUCUCACUGCCGAGGAGGAGAAAUCACUCAUGAGACGAGUCGACAUCAGGAUCAUGACAAUCUGCUCGCUGUUGUUCUUGAUGAAGAAUAUCGAUGCCGACAACAUUUCCAAUGCAAGAAUCAUGAACAAGGGAACUUCAAGGAACAUCAUGACGCAGCUUAACAUGACCUCGGAUGAGUACAACUUGCUCAAUGUUCUGUACUAUGUUCCGUACAUCGUCCUCGAAGCACCUUCUAACCUUCUACUCAAACGAUUCCGGCCCAGUGCAUGGCAGUCGCGCAUCAUGAUUUCCUGGGGUAUCGCGCUGCUGUGUCACGUUCCAGUUUCCAACAAGGGCGGUAUCUAUGCUACUCGAUUCAUUCUCGGAGCGUUCGAAGCUGGCAUGUUUCCAGGAGUAAUUCUCCAGAUGACCUACUGGUACAGACCCGACGAGAUGUCUAUUCGCCUGCUUUACUUUUAUGUCCUCGGAAACUUGUCUGGUAUCUUUAGUGGUAUUCUUGCGUUUGCAUUCGAUACAGUAUCCGGGUCUAGAGGACUCUCUGGAUGGCAAUGGCUUUUCCUGGUUGAGGGACUCGUUACAAUUGUCCUGGGCGUUGCCGUCUAUUAUUUGCUUCCAGAUUUUCCACCGACCGCUAAGUGGUUGACCGAGAAGGAGAGGGCCUUCAUCCAAGCUCGUCUACCAGCCAACGCCCCGCGAGCCGAGGAGAUGAACUUCAACUGGAGCGAGAUUGUGGACUCAUUGAAAGAUCGCCGGCUGUGGCUUUUCACUCUCAUCUGGGCAACCUUCACCGUCGGCACUUCCGGUGUCCGCUUCUACCAACCGACCGUCAUCGCGAACCUGGGCUUCACCACAAUUGCCAGAGCGCAGCUUCUCAACCUCCCGAUUUCUAUCCUCGCCAUUUUCGUUAUCGGAGUUACUGGUUUCUUCGCCGACAAGGGCCUCAUACCUCGUCCGCUGUACCCUCUAGGCGUCUUCGCCGUCAUCAUGGCCUGUUACGGCGUGCUCGUUGCUUAUCCGUCUAAUGGCGCCGUCUAUGCCGCCACCCUCAUCGGCAACGCCUUCACCGCCGCGUUCUUCCCAUUGAUGUGGCCGUGGCGCGUUCAGACAACCUCUCGAGCGACGGGGUCAGCCUUCAGUAUUGGAUUUGUCAACAGUUACGGCCAGAUCGGUGGUGCCAUCGGUCCCCAAAUAUUCCGGUCUAAGUAUGCUCCGCGCUACCAGACAAGUUUUGCAUCUGCGAUGGCCUUGGUUGGCUGUUGUGCAAUCACUACGUGCAUCACCUGGUGGGUGACAAGGAAGACCGAGUCUGAUACCCGUAGGCUUAAGCGGGCGAGAGUUCGCGCUGAAAGAGAAGGUCUCGCCGUGUUGGACGACGUUGUAGAUCGCGACUUGAACAAGAAACGCAGCGACGAUGAAGAGAGCGCAUGA